AUGGCCUCCUUGAGCUCCUUGGACUCGGACUCCCUCUAUGCUCCCCUUCCCACGCCUCCUUCCACUUGCCUUCUUCCCCCCUUCUCCUUUCCUUCCUCUCAGGCGAGUAUUCCUGACCUCGCCUAUCUCGCUCUACCCUGUCCUGCCGCUGCUGGUCUUCUCGCUUCCUCUCUUCUGCCCCCGAAGCAUGUAGUGAUCCUCGCCUGUCCUCCCUGCGGUACCCCUCUUUGUGCUCUCUUCCCUUCUGCGUACGCGCUCUUCCUUCCUCCGCGUCGUUGGGAACACUUCGUCUUUGGCGUCGUUGCGCCUUCCACCACCCCGCGCAAUGGGGGAUCCUUCGCCAUCAGUCUCUUUUCGAUCGCCGCUGCCCCGCGCGACUGGGGCUUCUUCAAUUUCUUCCUCCCCAUCGUCAUCGCUCGCCGAGUCCAUCUCCACGUCGUCGUCGCGACGCCUUCCAUCCAUUCCGCGCCGGCCUCCUGCCAGAUCCCACGGAUCGCUGGUCGCGGGCCGCCUUCCAGGCUCCGAUCUGACGUGCAGAUCCGCUCCGCGUCCUCCAGCGCGCACGCCCACUGGCGUCACCAGAUCUGCGCGAUACGCCGCCCUCCUUGGCGAGCGCCUCUGAACGAAAUAUGCUCCAACUUACCAAUAUGUUUCGUGACACUCUCCUCUCUCCUCUCUCCACUCUCCUCUCUCCUCUCUCCUCUCUCCUCUCUCCUCUCUCCACUCUCCUCUCUCCUCUCUCCACUCUCCACUCUCCUCUCUCCUCUCUCCUCUCUCCUCUCUCCUCUCUCCUCUCUCCUCUCUCCACUCUCCUCUCUCCUCUCUCCUCUCUCCUCUCUCCUCUCUCCUCUCUCCUCUCUCCACUCUCCUCUCUUCUCUCUCCUCUCUCCUCUCUCCUCUCCUUUCUCCUCUCUCCUCUCUCCUCUCUCCUCUCUCCUCUCUCCUCUCUCCACUCUCCUCUCUCCUCUCUCCUCUCUCCUCUCUCCUCUCUCCUCUCUCCUCUCUCCUCUCUCCUCUCUCCACUCUCCUCUCUCCUCUCUCCUCUCUCCUCUCUCCUCUCUCCACUCUCCUCUCUCCUCUCUCCUCUCUCCUCUCUCCUCUCUCCUCUCUCCUUUCUCCUCUCUCCUCUCUCCUCUCUCCUCUCUCCACUCUCCUCUCUCCUCUCUCCUCUCUCCUCUCUCCUCUCUCCUCUCUCCUCUCUCCACUCUCCUCUCUUCUCUCUCCUCUCUCCUCUCUCCUCUCCUUUCUCCUCUCUCCUCUCUCCUCUCUCCUCUCUCCUCUCUCCUCUCUCCACUCUCCUCUCUCCUCUCUCCACUCUCCUCUCUCCUCUCUCCUCUCUCCUCUCUCCUCUCUCCUCUCUCCACUCUCCUCUCUCCUCUCUCCACUCUCCACUCUCCUCUCUCCUCUCUCCUCUCUCCACUCUCCUCUCUCCUCUCUCCUCUCUCCUCUCUCCUCUCUCCUCUCUCCUCUCUCCUCUCUCCUCUCUCCUCUCUCCUCUCUCCUCUCUCCACUCUCCUCUCUUCUCUCUCCUCUCUCCUCUCUCCUCUCCUUUCUCCUCUCUCCUCUCUCCUCUCUCCUCUCUCCUCUCUCCUCUCUCCACUCUCCUCUCUCCUCUCUCCUCUCUCCUCUCUCCUCUCUCCUCUCUCCUCUCUCCUCUCUCCUCUCUCCACUCUCCUCUCUCCUCUCUCCUCUCUCCUCUCUCCUCUCUCCACUCUCCUCUCUCCUCUCUCCUCUCUCCUCUCUCCUCUCUCCUCUCUCCUUUCUCCUCUCUCCUCUCUCCUCUCUCCUCUCUCCACUCUCCUCUCUCCUCUCUCCUCUCUCCUCUCUCCUCUCUCCUCUCUCCUCUCUCCACUCUCCUCUCUUCUCUCUCCUCUCUCCUCUCUCCUCUCCUUUCUCCUCUCUCCUCUCUCCUCUCUCCUCUCUCCUCUCUCCUCUCUCCACUCUCCUCUCUCCUCUCUCCACUCUCCUCUCUCCUCUCUCCUCUCUCCUCUCUCCUCUCUCCUCUCUCCUCUCUCCUCUCUCCACUCUCCUCUCUCCUCUCUCCUCUCUCCUCUCUCCUCUCUCCACUCUCCUCUCUCCUCUCUCCUCUCUCCUCUCUCCUCUCUCCUCUCUCCUCUCUCCUCUCUCCUCUCUCCUCUCUCCUCUCUCCUCUCUCCUCUCUCCUCUCUCCUCUCUCCUCUCUCCACUCUCCUCUCUCCUCUCUCCACUCUCCUCUCUCCUCUCUCCUCUCUCCUCUCUCCUCUCUCCUCUCUCCACUCUCCACUCUCCUCUCUCCUCUCUCCUCUCUCCUCUCUCCUCUCUCCUCUCUCCACUCUCCACUCUCCUCUCUCCACUCUCCUCUCUCCUCUCUUCUCUCUCCUCUCUCCUCUCUCCUCUCUCCUCUCUCCUCUCUCCUCUCUCCUCUCUCCACUCUCCUCUCUCCUCUCUCCUCUCUCCUCUCUCCUCUCUCCUCUCUCCUCUCUCCACUCUCCUCUCUCCUCUCUCCUCUCUCCUCUCUCCUCUCUCCUCUCUCCUCUCUCCUCUCUCCUCUCUCCUCUCUCCUCUCUCCACUCUCCUCUCUCCUCUCUCCUCUCUCCUCUCUCCUCUCUCCUCUCGCCUCUCUCCUCUCCCCUAUCAUCUCUCCAGCUCCAUGUACAGGAAACUGUGAGGGGGCUGAGUGCGAGGCUGGGGUGUGCUGUGGCAGUGGUGGGCGUGAACGACCUCGACCGCCUCCCAUCCGUACCCCUCUCCCUCUCCCAUCCCACUUGCCUUGCCAUUUCUCCUUGCGCUUCCCACCCCCGGCUCCCCACUAUUCAGCUGAGCGUACAGAAAACUGUGAGGGGGCUGAGUGCGAUGCUGGGGUGCGCUGUGGCGGUGGUGGAUGUCAACGACCUCAUGAAAGUGAAGAUCCUCGCCGUGAGUGCUGCCACACUUGCGUGGGUGGCGUCAGCAGGGGUGGACCAUGGGAGGCUCACAACAGCGCUGCUGCCCAACCCAGCAGGUGAGCUGCUGCCCUGCCCGCACACAGUCAAGGUUGUGAGGGGUUCAGUGCGGUGCGGAGGGAAUGUUUUCUGA